AUGUUCAAUCGAAAGCCUCGCGGCGUCACGGAUGAGGAGCGGCUCAGCAGUUACGAGCUUGACUGGCCAACCUCGCAGCGAUGGAAGCCAAACUACUCUGUCCCGCGCAACUCGCUUGAGUAUGAUCUCAAUGCUUCACGCGACUCAUCUGACCCAAGCCAAGAGUCUGAGAAACGACCCAAUGUGCCGCAUCCAAUGUCUUUCGGGAGUCGGCGCGACAUGGAUACUUCUGCAAAGGCCAUUCGACAAGGAGCUCUGGAGCUGAGGGCAGACGAGGAGGAGUUCUCUAAUUUGAAGCUUUGGAUAGAGACAAUGUCCGAGUUGUACAUGAACGAUCUCGAUAAUCGGGCUCGGUGGGAUCCACGAUGGCUCAAUGUUACUCGCAGAGAGCGCUUCGAAGGGCUGGACUCUGUCGCCAUUUCAAUUGUUGACUACUUCGCCAAUGAGACCGUGGAGAAAAGCGAACCCGUCACGACAAAGAAGGAUUUCGCGGUGGCUCUCGACUCAAGACCGGAGAGCUCCCAGGUGCGAGUCAUCAUGGUCAGCGAUUUGAGUCGCUUCGUCAUGGGUGUGCUGGGUCAGUUGUACUCAGUAGAUCCCGAAUUCUGGUACGAGCAUCUCAUCGCCUCAGGGUACUGCGCAAGCGACAGUGGUCUCAAGCUGAAGAAUGCAACGUGGAUGAACUGGGCCGAACAAGAAACGCGUUUUCGUCAUCGUCCUCUCCCGGGGAUCGGUCAGCGAACGGAAUGGAAUCUGUCACGGAGAACCAAGGCUCGUAAAUGGGCACAUCUUCGUUGGGGUCGACUUGGUCUUCUUCAUUACCUGGGGCGCAAGGGCUUUUAUGAGGAUGAGAUUGCGAAGCGCAUCUCUGAUGGACGUUGGACAAUUGAACGAGACGUUGUUCUUGACAAGUAUGGGCUACUUCUGACUGACAAGAGAAAGAAACGUGCAGAAAAGAAGAUGAAGGAGAAGAGAGAGAAAGAGGAGAAGGCAAGAAAGAAGAGCCUGGGUGCUAUUGAUGUUCCGAAAACAUCAAGUUGCCACGAGAUUGAGGGCACAUCGACGAGGGCCAAAACAUCGAAUGUGUACCGUCCCUACAGCACGUUCCAUCCUGUACUACCGCAAAACCCAACAUACUGGAGCAAUCGAGAUCUCAGAGUCAUGGCUCCAGAAGGCUUGGGUUAUUGGUCAAGCGUUGACAAGCAGGGCCGAAAGACAAUCAUUCUGGUCUUUGACCCACCACGAACUAUGCAACACGACAAGACCAAGGAGACAACACCAUCUCUAACAUUUAUGCCUCGGGCCAUGGAGUUCGAGUCUUAUACGGAUGAAGAGCUUUGGCGUGUCGCUGACCCCGAUGAGACGUACCUGGAUCCGCCAGCGCCGACCUUUACGAAGAAGCAAUUGAAGAAGGACAAGAAGGAAGCCAGGAGAAGGCGAGCACAGGCUAGAAGGGAUCCGUCAAUUGCUGUUGUUGAGAAAAGCAACGACACCGCUUCAGAAUACUCCAGCGACUCAGAAUUCGACGAAGACUAUCGAGAGUCGCUUCGAAAGGCCUAUAAACAUCGCCAACAGUUACUCCGCGAUCGCGACUUUGCGCGCAAGUACUCGUUGUCCACUUUUGAUCUUGUGUAUCGAUACAUAAGCAAAAUACCCACCAGCGCGCUCAAUCAGGACGAUUCAUUGAUACCGUCUAUCCUCACGCGACUCCCAUUCGAUGAUAUGUGGCAGCUCCUCGCCGAACUCCGUCUGAUGCAGGAUCAUGUUGAUGCUGAUCUUGGCGCAGACCUACAUAUUCACUUGCUCGAAGCUGCGGGUACGAUGACGAGGCAGAAUGUAGCGUGGAUAAGGUCGACUUUGCAGGAGCUGAGUGAGUGGAUCGGCCAUAUCGAAAAGUCCAAGGGUAUUCUCAAUCUACCCAAAGAGCUGGAGGAGGAGAUGGCCGAGCUCACAGCUGAUCUCCAAUCCCUGCAAUCACGCUCAGAGCAAACGCUCAAUCUCCUGGUCGCUUCAACAGGCAUCGCUCAAUCAUCUCUCGUCAUCGAUCAAACGUCCGGCAUCAACAAACUCACCGAACUCGCAUUCUUCUUCAUACCCCUCUCAUUCAUCACAUCAAUCUUCUCCAUGCAGGUCGCAGAACUCACCGAAUCGCCGCCCAAGAUGUGGACAUGGGGUCUCUCCCUUGGCCUAGUCUUUCUCAUAACCUACCUCAUCCGCAGUUUUGUCCGCUCCCCGUCCGUCAGACUCUCGGCAAUGCGCGUCCGUGUAACGAUGCUUAACCGCUUCACGCCCAAGUCGCGGUCUGCAUCGCACCGUCUCAAUUCCGUCGGUAACCGUGCUAUCGCGGGAUACAUCUUCUUCUUCCUCAUCCGGUGCUUCUUCGUCCUCGUGAUUUUGACUGUCCUUUUACUUUUCAUCUUUAUUGUGCAUUUUGGUAUAUGGGCUGGCGCGAUUGGCACGGCAAUAUACUUUAUCGUCACGCGAUGGCCCGAGCCGGCAGUGCUGGCACCGUGCUUCGUUGCUAUUGUCCUGGCGGGUAUGGGCUUUUACGUUACGUGCUGUUUGACUGAGGAUAUACAGGCGUUUUGGCAGAAGUGGAGCAUUGAGGUGGCGGAUAUGCUUAUGAAUAUGUUGCCGGAGAAGUGGAGGUUUGAUCGGGUUGAUGAUGAGGAUUUGGCGGAUGAGGGGGUGAAUACUUAUGCGCGACAGGCAAUCUUUUUUGCGUCGACGUAA